CCUGCUGUAUAAGCAAUGAUAAGGAGCUUCUUAAUGUGUUUGCACAGGAGCUGAAGGAGAAAGGGCCUCUGACGCAGAAGGGCCCAUUGCCUGCUGCCUCCUUCACAAUGGAGGGCCCCGACGCUAAACACAGACCUAAAUGUCACAGCGACGCCCGGGCCACGGCGGGGCGGGGCAUGCCGCUGGAUUGGACAGUGGUGUGGCGAGGGUCAGGUCCACACCCAGGCUGUGCUGGGUUUAAAACCCCGUGUAGAACCUGCGUGAUGAGAGAGAACAGGACCUGAAGGAAACCACACACACUCGACAAGCCUUCUCACUGUAGGGGCGCUACAACAAACCAGCAAAGUGUGUGUGUGAAGAAUUAGAUCCUAUAAAACCUAAAAUAUAAAAUUUAGACUAAAAAUAUCUAAUAUUUAUCUAGACGCUUUUAUCUAGACGCUGCUUUCACCUGCUGUGAGAAAGCUAGAGAGGAAUUAAAAAUUUAAACAUUUUAAAUACAAUAAUCCUGUAUCCACACCCAGACUACGCAAACAUGCAGAAAGGAGAGAUGCUGAAAUUCCUCACAGCACUUACUCUGCUGAUUUCAGCUCCAGCUAUGGACGCUGCACCACUGAUUUCAGAGCUACCAGAUCUUCAUCAGGUAUCACUGAAUGGAGGUGACCCAAAACUAACAGACCCCUGGACGAGUAGUCCAGAUAUACAGGCGAUGACGGCGACCAGCAGCCUAGCUAAACUGCUGAAGACAGAACCAGCGCUGACGAAUUCCAAUAGGAAUGAAAAAACUGCAGGAGCUUCUCAUAGAUCUGACAAAACCACCAGUUCCAGUUACGUGGUGACUAACAAUUUAGACAGACAAUUAAAAAUUGCUUCUGAGACAAUCCUCUCUGAUGAACUGAAAAACACAGUCCCGGCACGGAUCCACUUCAAUAAACGCCUUCAUACAGACCCUGUAAUAAAUGAUCCUAAAACUAAAGAACUCACCACAACAGAGCUACACGAUGUCUACAGACGUCUGAAGCUAACGGCGGAGUCCACUGAAUCAAAUAAACCAAGCAAGACUUCUUCAGAGAACAAGAGGACGAGGACGAGUUCAUCCACUAGUGAACCAGACAGACGAGAAAAGAUAAUGAAGAUGCUGAGCGUUCUCGAAGAGCUUCAAAGAGCAGUGGACAGCACUCUGAGCAGCCGCAUCACUAUUAUACCCAGAGGUAUUAAUAAUGGACGAAAUUCAGGAAAGAAAAGUAAAACGGUACAGACAGAUGGAAACCUGAAAUCCACUACUGUGUCGUCAGUGGGGAGCAGUGGCACCUCACCGAGGACCAGCACUGACCAAGCCGACCCCAAACUCCUAAACGGAAAAGCAUUCAAGAAGUCCCUCCCAUCAACUCCCAAGAAAACCAACAAAAGAGUUUGCUUCUGGAAGUACUGCUCUCAGAAUUAAAGAUUCGCCAACUGUCCACAUUCUUCAUCUCUGCAGCUCCUCUUCCUCUUCAGUCUUAUCAGCAUCUAAUUUAACCAGUUAAUGAUGUGAUGUCUGUCCCACUGCAUUAUGUUCAGUAAAAAAAUUAAAUACAUGAAAUAAUGACAUAGCUCAACCUCCCCUGUGCAUACUGUAUACUCACUUAUAUUUAAAAGAAUAUUUGAUCAUUGUUAUUUAAAAUGUCAAAAUGUCAGGUGGUGCGACCCAGUAUAGCAGGAACUGUAAUAAAUCUUAGAAAAAAUAUUUUCUAGUACCUGCAUUAUAAAUUGUGUAAGUUGAUAGACUUUUUUUUAAAUUAAAUAUGUCUGUCAGUUAUAGACUUUAUAGAACAAUUUUAA